AGCAUCUUUAUCAAAACCAAACAUCAGCUCCAUUUAUGCACUUUCAUUUAAUUUAUUCAACUUUCCCUUCCAAAAGCCAUGGCCGCCAACACCUUCUUCCGAAAACUCAUGCCAAUUCUCCUCGUACUCCUCUCCUCAUCGCUAACCUCCGCAAAAUCUAACCACUUUUCCAAAACCCUCUCUCCAAAAUCCCUUGGCCUUAAGAAACAAAAGCUCAGCCAUCUCCACUUCUACUUUCACGACAUUGUCAGCGGCAAAAACCCCACUGCCGUUCGGAUCGCUGAGGCUGCCAUGACCAACAAAUCCGCCACCCUCUUCGGCGCCGUGGUCAUGAUGGACGACCCUCUGACGAUGCAACCCGAGCUCAACUCCCAGCCGGUGGGGAGAGCUCAAGGGAUUUACUCUUCGGCUUCACAAAGCGAGACCGCAUUCUUGAUGGUCUUAAACUUUGCCUUCACUCACGGCAAGUACAACGGAAGUACUCUCAGUGUUCUGGGCCGCAACACGGUGUUUAAUGCGGUGAGGGAGCUGCCGAUCGUUGGCGGAUCGGGGCUUUUCCGGUUUGCUUCGGGCUAUGCUAAGGCCAGGACUCACACUUUUGAAUUGCAGUCGGGGGAUGCAGUCGUUGAGUAUAAUGUUUAUGUGUUUCAUUAUUGAGUUAAUUAUAAUUAAUUAAGGGGUGUUUCAGUUUUGGUUUUUAUGUAAUUCCCAUACUGAGCUUGUGAUUCAACUUAAAUUACAUAACUUUGUUAAUUAUGGAAAUUCUCAUAUGGGAGGAACUAAUGACUAUUGUGCCGAUCGAAUUGGACAAGCUCAAUAUAGAAACUGCCAGCCCUGAAACCCGAUUAGGCUUGAAGCUAGGACCUGUCUAAAUUGUCUUGUGUCUAGUUUUUAUGCUUUUGAAAACAACAAAAGACGUGUCUUAUGUUGGCUAAAUUGUCGGCCUGUCCUGUCUAGUUUUUAUGCAGUUUAGAUUGAUAUUUGUAUUUAUGAAUGGUAUUUUG